AGCGCCACGCGCAGCGGCCGGCCAGUGAGGGCGAGCGGGAGCGCGUGUGCGCCUGCGUGGGCAGCACUGCGAUGCUGGCCGCGGCCGCGGCGCGCGUCACUCGUGCUCGGACAUGCUGCCGCGCUGGAGCCUGCUGCUGCUGUGCGCCGCCGCCACCGUCGUGCGAGGCACCAUUUUAAACGACUUUGUCCGCCACUACGAGCCGUUGCGGUAUGACGCCGUGGCUCUGCAGCAGGAGCAUCGGCGCGUCCGCCGUCAGGCCGACCCCCGCCGGCACGUGCAGCUGCGGUUCCACGCCAGCGACAGGGAGUUCCGUCUCCGCCUCCGGCCGGACCGGGCCGUCUUCGCGCCGGACGUCGUGUUCGAGAGCAGCUCGGGGCCGGUUGCCUUCGACACCAGCUCCGUCUACACCGGCUCGCUGGAGGACGACGAGGACGCCGUGGUGCAGGGCGUCAUCGGCUCCGACGGCCUGUUCGACGGCAGCGUGGUGACCGCCUCCGAGCACUUUUACAUCGAACCCUCAAGCCGAUACUUCCAGCAAGCGCAGGACUUCCACUCGCUCAUCUACCGCCUCUCUGACGUCACCCACCCGCGCCAGCCAGCCGGCGGCUGCGCGUCGCAGCGCCUCGCCGAGCGCAACAAGGCCGCCGGUGACGUCACUCGGACGUCACCGGACGGCGACGUUGACGAGUGGCUGGGACACGCGCAGCUGUACGAGAACUUGGCGGCACCCGUGACCGCGGGGAACACCGCAAACGGGACGAGGAGUGGCUCGCGACGGCGGCGCGCCGUAAUCAACAACAAGAAGACGACGUGCACCAUGUACCUGCAGGCCGACCACCUGUUCUACGAGCAGUUCGGCAGUGAAGAGGCCUGCAUCGACGCCAUGAUUCGCCACGUGCAGCAGGCUAACGAGAUUUACAAGACAGUCGACUUCGACCAGGAUGGCAUACAGGACAACAUCGGGUUCAUGAUAAAGCGGAUCCGAGUGCACAAGCCCACAGCUGUCAACGACGUCGGCUACCGGUUCCCCGGCAACUACGUGGAGAAGUACCUGGAGCUGUUCUCAGAGGAAAACUACGACUCGUUUUGUCUAGCGUACAUGUUUACGUACCGCGACUUCGAGGGUGGCACGUUAGGUCUGGCUUGGACCGGGGACCUGAACCAGGCGGGAGGAGUCUGCGAAAAAAAUGGGCAUUACCGAGGCAGCAAGAAGAGUCUGAACUCAGGCAUCAUCAGCAUACUAAAUUACGGCAAACGGGUGCCUCCAGCCGUGAGCCACGUGACCUUUGCCCAUGAAGUGGGACACAACUUCGGCUCUCAGCAUGAUCCCGACAAGAACAAGGAGUGUACCCCUGGCGGAGAGAACGGCAACUACAUCAUGUUCGCGCGAGCCACGUCGGGCGACAAGAGGAACAACGACCGUUUUUCGCCGUGCAGCCUGCGGUCCAUUGAGCCUGUGCUGCGCGUGAAGGCGCGCUCCAAAAAAGGCUGCUUUGUCGAGCCGCAGGCAGCCAUCUGCGGAAACGGCGUGGUGGAGGAUGGCGAGGAGUGCGACUGCGGCUGGGAGGAGGACUGCAUCGAGGCCUGCUGUAACCCGAUGCGCGCCGCGCCGCCCCCGGGCCAGCCGCCGUGCCGGCUGCGGCCGGUGCAAUGCAGCCCCAGCCAGGGCCCGUGCUGCAACUCCACCUGCGAGCUCGGGUACGGGCAGCAGUGCCGCAACGACAACGGCUGCCGCGCCACCAGCCGCUGUAACGGCCGCUCGCCACACUGUCCGCCCUCCAUCCGCAAGCCCGACCGCACUGUCUGCAACGAGUACAACGUCUGCUAUCAGGGGGAGUGUUCGGGUUCGAUCUGCCUGGCGUACGGGCUGGAGUCAUGCCAAUGUGAUCCGGUCGACGGCGGCAACGCUACCAGGUCCUGCGAGCUGUGCUGCAAGCGCCCCGGCGCCGACCAGCCGUGCCGCUCGUCGUUCGAGUGGAACGAGUCGCCGAGCAUCGGCGCGUCCGCCGUCAGGCCCGACCCCCGCCGGCACGUGCAGCUGCGGUUCCACGCCAGCGACAGGGAGUUCCGGUCUCCGCCUCCGGCCGGACCGGGCCGCUUCGCGCCGGACGUCGUGUUCGAGAGCAGCUCGGGGCCGGUUGCCUUCGACACCAGCUCCGUCUACACCGGCUCGCUGGAGGACGACGAGGACGCUGUGGUGCAGGGCGUCAUCGGCUCCGACGGCCUGUUCGACGGCAGCGUGGUGACCGCCUCCGAGCACUUUUACAUCGAACCCUCAAGCCGGUACUUCCAGCAAGCGCAGGACUUCCACUCGCUCAUAUACCGCCUCUCUGACGUCACCCACCCGCGCCAGCCAGCCGGCGGCUGCGCGUCGCAGCGCCUCGCCGAGCGCAACAGGACCGCCGGUGACGUCACUCGGACGUCACCGGACGGCGACGUUGACGAGUGGCUGGGACACGCGCAGCUGUACGAGAACUUGGCGGCACCCGUGACCGCGGGGAACACCGCAAACGGGACGAGGAGUGGCUCGCGACGGCGGCGCGCCGUAAUCAACAACAAGAAGACGACGUGCACCAUGUACCUGCAGGCCGACCACCUGUUCUACGAGCAGUUCGGCAGUGAAGAGGCCUGCAUCGACGCCAUGAUUCGCCACGUGCAGCAGGCUAACGAGAUUUACAAGACAGUCGACUUCGACCAGGAUGGCAUACAGGACAACAUCGGGUUCAUGAUAAAGCGGAUCCGAGUGCACAAGCCCACAGCUGUCAACGACGUCGGCUACCGGUUCCCCGGCAACUACGGCGUGGAGAAGUACCUGGAGCUGUUCUCAGAGGAAAACUACGACUCGUUUUGGCUAGCGUACAUGUUUACGUACCGCGACUUCGAGGGUGGCACGUUAGGUCUGGCUUGGACCGGGGACCUGAACCAGGCGGGAGGAGUCUGCGAAAAAAACCAGCAUUACCGAGGCAGCAAGAAGAGUCUGAACUCAGGCAUCAUCAGCAUACUAAAUUACGGCAAACGGGUGCCUCCAGCCGUGAGCCACGUGACCUUUGCCCAUGAAGUGGGACACAACUUCGGCUCUCAGCAUGAUCCCGACAAGAACAAGGAGUGUACCCCUGGCGGAGAGAACGGCAACUACAUCAUGUUCGCGCGAGCCACGUCGGGCGACAAGAGGAACAACGACCGUUUUUCGCCGUGCAGCCUGCGGUCCAUUGAGCCUGUGCUGCGCGUGAAGGCGCGCUCCAAAAAGGCUGCUUUUGUCGAGCCGCAGGCAGCCAUCUGCGGAAACGGCGUGGUGGAGGAUGGCGAGGAGUGCGACUGCGGCUGGGAGGAGGACUGCAUCGAGGCCUGCUGUAACCCGAUGCGCGCCGCGCCGCCCCCGGGCCAGCCGCCGUGCCGGCUGCGGCCCGGUGCGCAAUGCAGCCCCAGCCAGGGCCCGUGCUGCAACUCCACCUGCGAGCUCGGGUACGGGCAGCAGUGCCGCAACGACAACGGCUGCCGCGCCACCAGCCGCUGUAACGGCCGCUCGCCACACUGUCCGCCCUCCAUCCGCAAGCCCGACCGCACCGUCUGCAACGAGUACAACGUCUGCUAUCAGGGGGAGUGUUCGGGUUCGAUCUGCCUGGCGUACGGGCUGGAGUCAUGCCAAUGUGAUCCGGUCGACGGCGGCACGCUAACCAGGUCCUGCGAGCUGUGCUGCAAGCGCCCCGGCGCCGACCAGCCGUGCCGCUCGUCGUUCGAGUGGAACGAGUCGCCGUUCGAGAUCCCGGCCCGGUACAGCCGGCCCGGCACGCCCUGUAACCAGUACGCCGGCUACUGCGACGUCUUCCAGCAGUGCCGAGAGGUGGAUCCCAUCGGUCCGUUGGCCACGCUCAAGGACCUCCUUUUGUCCGACCAGAGCCUGUCGGUCGUGAAGGAGUUCAUGGACCAGUAUUGGUACAUGAUCGUCCUCGGAUUGGUCAUCAUUAUUCUGUCGUUGGUGAGUAAACCCGUUUCGGCAUGUCGUUCAUGA